UGUGAUGAGGAGAAAGGGAAGGAAUAUGGCCCCAUAUGGGGUUGUGUUUUUACGUCUUUUGAGCUAGUGUCUUGAGGUGAAAUUGGCAUUUAAAGUUGCUAUCAUAUCAGAAUGUUAGUCAAAACCCCUCCAUUGCAGUGAAAAAAGAGUAAGAAGGAAAGGACAGGCUAAAGGAAAUGACAGAGAAAAAAUGAGAUCUUGUAAAACCAAGAGUAAAAAAUUUUGACAUAUCGGGUGUGCUUUGGGAUUUCAAUAUUAUACUAAUAAUAGUUCGUCUUCACAUUCCUUACCAAAAACAGUGAAAACUUGUGAAAAUCUAGGACUUCUCAGGUCACCUUCAAUCAAAGACGACUCCUUUUUUUUCUUCAAUUUGUUUUCUUUUUCUUUAAUUUGCCCCCACCCAUCACCCUUUUUACCUGUUCAUGGAUCCCAAGGGCUCCAAGCCGCCUCCGCAGGAAGUACCCAACUUCUUGAGCCUGCCACAACAACCCCAGCAACAUCAACAACACCCACAACCACAGCAACAGCAGCAACAGCCUCAAAACAUGGGUGAGAAUAAACCAGCUGAAAUCAAGGAUUUUCAGAUUGUCAUUGCAGAUAAAGAAGAAGGAAAGAAACAACAGUUGGCCCCAAAGAGAAGUUCUAACAAAGACAGGCAUACCAAAGUUGAAGGAAGAGGUAGAAGGAUAAGGAUGCCUGCUUUAUGUGCAGCUAGAAUCUUUCAGUUGACCAGAGAAUUGGGUCACAAAUCUGAUGGGGAAACAAUACAGUGGUUGUUACAACAAGCUGAACCAUCAAUAAUGGCCGCCACGGGGAGCGGAACGAUACCAGCGUCUGUUUUGGCAGCAGCUGGAGGCUCAGUUUCACAACAAGGGGCCUCUCUAUCCGCAGGAUUGCACCAAAAGAUGGAAGAGUUAGGGGGGUCCAGUGUAGGGUCAGGGAGCAGUAGGACCAGUUGGGCAAUGGUUGGCGGCAAUUUGGGGAGACCCCAUCAUGUGGCAACAGGGUUAUGGCCCCCAGUCAGUGGUUAUGGAUUUCAGUCAUCAUCUGGUCCAUCUACAACAAAUUUAGGUAGUGAAAGUUCUAAUUAUCUGCAAAAGAUUGGGUUUCCUGGUUUUGACUUGCCAGCUACUAACAUGGGUCCGAUGAGUUUCACCUCAAUCCUGGGUGCGGCUAACCAGCAGCUCCCUGGUUUGGAACUUGGGUUGUCUCAAGAUGGUCCUAUUGGGGUUCUAAAUCCGCAAGCUUUGAGCCAGAUUUAUCAGCAGAUGGGGCAGGCUAGGCUUCACCAGCAACAGCAGCAUCAGCACCAGCAGCAACCCCCUGCUAAGGAUGAUUCCCAAGGAUCAGGCCAGUAAAGUUGUAAACUUUGGCAGCAAGAUAAAAGAAGUAGCUUGCCUGAGAGAGGAUGCCUUUUUCUUGUGAGGUUUCACACUUUCAGUAUUGAAUAAUUGGGAAAAAAAGUGAGAAAAAUGGAUACUAUGCCUCUCAGAAUUCUAUAGGGACUGGAUGGAUUUUGUUUUGCCCCCCUUCUUCCUUUGCACUGCAUCACCCAAGUUUCUAUUGCAGAGGUGGAGCUUUGCGCAGCCUAGUAGUUUGGGUUUGGGCUUAACUUCUUGUUUGAUUCAGAGGUGUGUUGAUUCAGAUAUAAGGCAAAUUUAUUUUUUUUCUUUUUCUCUAGGUCUGAAUGGAGUGGCAAUCAGUUUGUUUGUGAAAUUAAACAUAGAAAUUUACAGUCAUACAUGCCCAUUUUCAUCUUAGAUAAAGUAAGAAUUCGUAUUUCUCUAAAUGAAUAUAUUGUUGCGCAUAAAGGGCCAAUUAUUGAUUACCUCUGGAUGCCAGAGGCAUGCUUGGUUCCUGCUAUUGCAUGUCUUAUAACAUAUAAGAACCUAGUUCUCUUGUCAUCACUUCAAAAUUGUUCUUCUGCGCUGAUCUUACCUCGUUGGGAAAACUCUAUUAGCUUAUUUCCUUCUUUGUUGAACCCCAUAUAUUUUUCUUUCUUUAUUAUUCCUAAAUUUUCAUCGCAAUGGAUUAAUUUUUAUUUAUGGAAUUUGUAUCCACUCACUGCUUGACAUAUUAGGGAACUUCACUUAGCAUAUAUAUAACAUUGGAUGUGUCAUUAAGUUUUUAUCUCUUCUCUGUUUGAUGUUGAGCAAGAUUAUAUACAUGAGCCUUGUCUCAAAAUUUCUGCAAAUUUCUAUUGGCAAAUUCAUAUAUCUUUAGGCCAUCUACUUCAUAUUAUUCUAGAAAUGCUUUUAUGUUUAUGCAAGGAUUCAUACUUCGCAAGGAUGACUAGCCCUCUUAAAAUGAUGGAGUUUCAGGCAGUCUUCAUUAUCCAAACUGUCAUAAUUUACUUUUCCUAGCUCCGACUAUUCUUACUACUUGAUGAAAGGCUUGGACUCGACAUAAAAGUGUUGGUGAUAGCAAAUAGUCCUGCUCUUGCCCUCUGUCAACUGUAGUUUCUAACCUUGAGGCAAAUUAGAAUAUCUAAGGAACAAUUUCCAACAUCCAAGUUGGUUCUCAUUAAUUUAUGGCACGACAUGGCCUAAGUAGCUUUCUAAGCUGCCUGUGAACUGUUGCUCAAGGUACCAUGUUUUAAAGAAGCAAUGUAGUGGUGUGGGAAACCUUGACUCAAAGCUGUUAAAGAACCACAGAACCACUUUUUUACGAAGCUUCUGGAGCUAGCUUUUUCCCUAAGAGUUUUUAAUCAUUAACUAUAAAUGAGAAUACUGUGUACUGAUAUUUAAUUGAAACAUAGCCAUAUGCACUGAGGUAUACUUGGGAAAAUAUCAUGCAUAUACUUGUGUCAUCUUGACUUGGAUUAUCAGGUGGAAGCCAAUUCUACCAGAUGGUUUUGGACUAUCCACUCUCAUGCAUGUGUCUUUGAAAGGAUCACAUUUAGGACUGGAAAACUGGAGCAUUCAUGUCUGAGGUCUUCUCAUACUGAUAAAAUCCUUGCAUUUUUAUGUGUAGAUUUUUAAAAAAAUGUAUUACUUCAUAAACUAGUGUUUAAUAAGUAGCACAAUGACUUCUCUAUUGUUGCUGCUGCCUUAUGGUUGUUCGAUCUUUCUUUAGUUGUCUGUAUAUCUAUCCUAAUUUAAUUAGUGUUCAGGAUGAGCUUUCUCUAUUGGAAAGUAAUAGUUGAUUUGUGUUCAGUGUUUUCAUGUGAAAUCUAUGGCUGCUUUAAUAGUCUUCCAAGUUUUAGUUUCCUAGCAAUGAAGAUUUAUUGUGAAUAUUCUAAUACCAAGACAUCUGUUUUUUCUGUUUUUUGAAAAGUCAUGGACUCAAGCACAAAGCAAAGUUGACAACUUUGAUGAAUUUUUUACCUAAAAUACUUGAUGGAACUUUUAUCGAAUAAAUAAUGUAAGGUUAAGAAUUUAAAACAGUAAGCUUAAGGAAAUAGAGCAAGAAUGACAUUUCCUAACAUGUCAUUUAAAGAAACCAAUGACCAUAUCCAUGAGGUAAAAUUACUGUGGUCCUUACAUUUUUGGAACUUGGAUGUCUUGUGUGUAUUGAAAUUGACAGUUCAGGCUUGGAUGUCUUGUGUGCAUUGAAAUUGACAGUUCAGGUUAACUUUGUCCUCCACCAUUUCUGUAAUUGGCACUGAAGUCUUUGUCCUCCUUUGCUGUUUUCUAGUAGAGUAACUUCCUGUUGUAUUUUCCAUACUGCAGUCAUUGUUAAUUACUCCUAGUGGCAGCCUUCAGGUUGACUAUUGUCACACAUACUCUCUCGUGGUGCAUGACUAUAGGAAUCUUAAUCAGUCAUUUGAUUGUAUUAUUUUUGCCACCCUCCUUGUUUUAGUCUCCUAGGGUCCAAAUUCUAGGGUGCAAUUAGCCUGCCUAGUAAUAAAAUUUGACUUAAAAUAGCAUGGCUCGACGAAAACCGAGAUUGGUUUUUACUGGAGUCUCCAUUCUUUGAUUCGCCACCUAUCAUGAAAUCUCAAUGUUCUCAAUUCCUACCUGGUCCUUUGAGUCAUUGAGCAUCUCAUCCUGUUUUAAAUAUUGUUUCACUUGAUGUUGCUUUUCGGCUUACAAUAAUCAACAACAAAUCACAUAAUAUGUUCAUGAUGCUAAUAUGCUAAAGUAUCCAUUUAACAAAUUUGAGUAAGAUUUAUGUUCCAAAUAAUUGGAAAUAAAUUAUUUGCUUGUAUUCAAACUGCUCUUAAAUUUGGAUUGGUGUUGUGACAACAAAGGUCUGCACUCUGCCGUCAAUAUCGCAUUGCAAAAGGGGUUUUAAAGAGUUUUAUAGUCACAUUACACAUCUGUUCAGCAUGCAUAGGCUUAAAUUUUGUUGUUUCACAGCAUAAGCAUGGCUCCCUUGUCCUUGAAAGUUUCAAGGUAGCCAUCACAUUGAAGAAGUUGCUUGUUGAAAAUUUGAUGAGCUCUUAUUGUUGCUUGUUUUCCCACUGUGUAAAUAUGAGCCAAUUCGAACAUUUUUAGGUUCUCUGAGGUUAAAAGUAGAAGCUAAUGAACAUGUUUGUCGCUUGCCUAGAUUCCUAGAAUCAUGUUAUUGGUUUCAAAUU